UAACGUCAGGCUACACACUAUAGAAGGGAGGGCAGAGGGGAUCAAGAUGUACUUUCUCAGCUUGACACCCAUCGUUUUACUACAGCUGACUUUCCUCGCUGUGCUACAUGGUGCCAAAUGGACAUACAGUGGGCCAGAGGGAGAGCACCACUGGCCCAAGAAUUAUCCAUAUUGUGGUGGUACUUUCCAGUCUCCAAUUGACAUUAAGUCAGACCUACUGAGAUUUGACCCAAGCUUACGUCCAAUUGAGAUUCAUAACUACAACCUGUCGCCCCAUGAGCAGCUUACACUUGGAAAUAAUGGGCAUUCAGUGCAAAUAUCACUGCCCUCUAAGAUGUACAUCUCCAGCCUGCCUCAUCGCUACACUGCGGCACAACUCCAUUUCCACUGGGGCUCUUCCAACAGACCUGCAGGCUCUGAGCACACAGUUAACAGUAAACAGUUCGCAGCAGAGAUGCAUGUCGUACACUACAAUUCAGACCAGUAUCCAAAUAUGUCCAUGGCUGUAGACAAAUCUGACGGCCUUGCUGUGCUGGGUGUCCUGAUUGAGGUGGGAGAGUUCAAUCCGGCCUUUGAGCAGUUUCUGAAGUUCAUCAAUGGUAUCAAAUACAGGGAUCAGAGAGUACAGGUGCCCGGUUUCAACAUCAGAGCCCUGCUGCCUGCACGUUUGGAUGAGUAUUACCGCUAUGACGGGUCGCUGACGACUCCUCCAUGCUACCCCAGUGUGCUGUGGACAGUGUUCAGGAAUCAUGUCACAAUAUCUCGCAAACAGUUCCUGGCCCUGGCGACAGCCCUUUACUCCUCCCAUGCCCAGGACUCAGCCCCCAUGCCUAUGAAUGGCAACUUCAGGAAACCGCAGCACCCCGACAGCCGAGUUGUUCUGGUAUCUUUUAAGGAUGGCAGAGGACUGCAAGGUACUCUUACAGCCGCAUCUCCACUCACGAGGAAGCAAAUCGUUCAGCAGCUGCUGGUCGGCGACCUAGCUGACCUGGCCGAUGAAGGGCUCUAUAAGCUCCUACCAAGUGGCUCAGAGAAGCUCCAUGCUGGCAAGAAAAAAGACCUCAAGAACCAACAAAGUGCCACUCUGGCCAAAUCCAAACAACAAACGCUGAAUCCAUCCCUGUGGAAGAAGAGCCAGACCAACCGUUCUGUGGGAAAGUUAGGGCUGGCUGAGGACGCACUGUGCUACGUCUCACUGGAACAGAGAGUUUUCCAUCAGCUCAAACAGUCUCACGCUGAGAACCAGUUAGUUCAGGCUCUCAAAGAUGCAACCUUCCCUGAGCUCAACCUCAAGAGCUACCUGGAGUGUAGGUCAGACUUAGCCCUCCCCACUAUCCGACACAUUCUCCGUGGACGGCCAACAGAUGAAGCUUUGGAGUUAGAUCGCUCUCUGACAAAAGCCUUGAUGAAUAAGGGCAAGGCUUCCACGGCAAUCAAACAAAGCGUGCCAGUUACAAAAUAUGGCGGUUUCUCCCCAGCUACUGUUCCCAAGAAACCACACAGCCAGGGUUAUCCACAUCCUUGGCUUUUGCCAAUGGAGUGGGAAGACUAGAGAGAUUCCUGACAUAAUUGUGACUCACAUUAUGUCACUUUUUGUAGCAGACAUCAUUGUGUUUCCCACAAUGAAAGACUAAUUUUCAAGCCACGCCCUGCAUUCCUUCAGUCCUUCUCACAAAUGUAUUUAACAUUAAAUUAUUUUUGCCAGUAUGUGCACAUAAUAAUACUUUCUCACGAAAAAAAGUAGUUUGAGUUAAUGUACUGUAGUUUUUGUCUUUGCAAACAUACGCCUAUGCAAAACCAGUAGGGGUGUAACGAUUCAUUUU